AUGCAAUGCUUCAACACUGCUAUAAAGCCUGCUGCCUUCAAGCAUCUAUUUCAUGUGCAGAGGUGUCGAAAAGUGCUCUACCUGGACAACGAUAUUUGGCUCAUGCAGCCGCUUACAGCGGUCGUUGAGGCACUGGACCGGUACCGAUUUGUCGUCACUCCGUACAUAACGCAGCCGGUGCCCGUAGAUGGACUCAGGCAAGACGAACGCGACCUCCUGCUGAAAGGGCAAUUCAACUUCGGCAUCCUUGCAGCGUCGAAGGGUGGGCCAACUGAUGACAUUCUCGGCUGGUGGCUUGACCGUUUGCGCCACUACGGCCAUGCUGAGGUACAGAAAGGAGAGUACUUCGAUCAGGCUUGGGGUCACUACUUUUUGUCGUACUUACAGCAGGAGGAGUAUCUUGUGCUAAGAGAUCCUCGCUACAACAUUGCAGAUUGGAACCUGCAUUACAGAGGGGCUCAUCUUCGCAUGGAGAACGGCACUGUUUGGUAUGAUCUGCAGCCCGUUGUAUUCAUGCACUUCUCCGGUAUGUCCCACCUUCCAGAUGACAAGCGGAAUGGUUGCCUCUCUCCUCAGCAAAAUCGUAUCAAGAGGAGCACCUUUGCAAUCCUGGGUGAGAUUUGUGACAAAUAUCUGACGUUGUUGAACAAGGAAAAUGCAACAUUCUGGCGCAAGUUGCCCUAUGGAUUUUCUCGCUUUGACGAUGGGACUCUUAUACCAGACGUCAUCCGCAACUACUUCUCCCAUGUUCUGGAUCCUGGAGAAAGCUAUCGUAACGAUGUGCACUUGUUCAAGGAUCUCGUCGCCUACGACGACCCUUUCGGAACGCAGCCGCGUCAGGAUGGCAAGCUGACAUUGCUGGACUGGAUGUUGCAAGAUGCCCACCACUUGAUCGUCGAGCAGCGGGGCCCGCACAAGGUUUCUGAGCUUGCUUGGCAGAUUUAUCUAGCACGCCCUGAUGUACGAGCCCAGUUUCCGAAUCCUUUUGGAGAACACGGCGAGCAACUUGCCUCUUGGUUCCUUCAGUCUGGAGUGCAGGAAUUCUCCAUCCAGGGCUUGAAGCGCCGGGUACGACAAGGAGCGCACAAAGCCUCGGAGCCUCUGCAAGGUGGCGUUAACGUCUAUGGCUGGUUCCAUGGCAUCUUUGGGGUCGCCCAGUCCAGCCGCCUUCUGUUGAAGGCACUGAACGCCGUCCAGGCUGACACCACAGCCAUCGCCCUUCCUGCCGAUUCUGAGCAUCACCGGAUGAUCGACCUGAAGACUUCCCGCGCCGCACAGCACCGAAUCAACUUGUUUGUGGCAAACGCUGACAGCACUCCCAUAAUACUGGAGUUGUUCCCGCACUCACAGCGGAGCAUCUAUUACAAUAUUGGAUACUGGGCGUGGGAAUUGGAGAAGUUCCCCAGCGAAUGGAUGGUCCACCUGCGUGUCUUCAACGAGGUUUGGACCCCGUCUGAGUUCGUGACGACAUCAAUCACCUCGUCUCCACUGUACGGCAAUUUUUCGCAAAAGACAAAGGUCGUGACGAUGAACACUGGCUGUGAGGAAGACUACCUUGCAACGAGACCCCGCUUCGAUUUUCCGACCGGCGCACUGGUGUUCCUGGUGAUGUUUGACUUUCAAAGCUCUUUCCACCGGAAAAACCCGUUGGCGACGGUGGAGGCCUUCAAGAAGGCCUUUGGGAGGCUGGGCCCCUUCAGCCAUGGGUUGCUUUGA